AUGUCGUCAGAAGAUGAUUGGUCGAAGUUGCCCACUCUGUCCAAAGUACAGCACAAGCUCUGGAACGCACGUGUGGCAGGAUACGAAGAAGCGUUCAAAAUAUUUUCAACAGAGACAAAUGGAAAAAGUCCUGUUUUUAACGAAUAUGUUGGAUUGAUGAAGAAGUUCGUGACUGAUUCUCAUGCUGGAGCUCAGGAAAAAGCUCUAGAUGCUGUCUUAACAUACAUAGAAACAGCUGCAGCAGCUACAAAAUGCGCUGGAGAUAUUUGUUCUGGUAUCAUAUCAAAAUGUCUGGGUUCUACUCGAAUGAAAACAAAAGACAAGUCAAUUGAGUGCCUAUUGAUGCUGAUAGAAAUUGAGCGUCAUGAAUUAGUAAUAGAAGAGCUCAUUAAAGGUUUAUCAACUAAAAAUCCAAAGGUUGUUGUCGGAAGCUUACAGACUCUUCGUGAAGCUCUAAAUCUUUUUGGUCCAACUGUUGUUCCGAUCAAACCUCUUUUUAAAGAGUUUGGACGACUACUUGAUGAUCGAGACCAAGGGAUCCGGAAUGAAACGAAAAAUCUCAUCGUUGAGGUUUACAGAUGGAUAGGAGUAACCACAAAAGACCUAUUAAAGGAUAUCAAACCAGUUGUGAUGACUGAGUUAUGUGAAUUAUUUAACUCUAUUCCACCCGGAAAACCUGUUCGAUUAAGAUAUUUACGCAGUCAAAAACCUAAAGAAAUUACUCCAGAUACUGGGGCUGAAAGUAAUCCCAUUGAUGGCGCUAUUCCAGGUGGAACUUUAACCGACCAGGUUGAUUUGGAUGAUAUGAUUACUCCUGUUGAAGUUCUUAGCAAAAUCCCCAGCGAUUACUGGCAACAAAUAGGGGAAAAGAAGUGGCAAGAUCGGCGUGACGCUUUAGAGGCACUUGAAAAAAUUACGAACGUUCCUCGGAUUGUUCCAGGUGAUUUCACAGACCUCGUAAGAAGCUUGAUUCAGGUUGUAAAUAAAGAUACUAACAUAAUUCUAGUGACUCUUGCUGCUAAAAUUUUGGGACAAAUAGCAAGAGGUUUAAAAUCUAAGUUCAGUCCUUACUCCCAACAAACCUUACAAGCGUGUUUAGGGAAGUUUAAAGAAAAGAAACCUAAUGUUGUUCAAGCUCUAAGAGAAUCUGCUGAUGGUGCUGUAUCUUCGGCUUCACUAGAUCAUUUUGUGGAUGAUAUUGUAGCUGCAUUAAGUCACAAAACACCUAAUGUACGUGCAGAAGCAGCCUUAAUUCUAAGUAGAGCGUUCAAAAAAUGUUCUGCCACAUCACUAAACAAAAAGGUUUUAAAAUCAUUUACUGUACCGUUAUGUGUAACAUGCAACGAUACUGUUCCUGAAGUGCGUGAAUGUAGUUUUGCUGCGCUUGGUGCUGCAAUGUUCGUCGUGUCGGCAAAAACUAUCCAGCCCUUUCUCAGCGAACUUGAUUCCAUCCGGCUGGCGAAAAUCAAUGAAUGUUGUGAACGAAUAGCGUCUGAACUUAGUAAUUCAAAUAACUCUGGUAACCAACUAACUGCUCCUUCGACAAAUAUGUCUACAUCUGCUAAACCCAAUACUGUACCACGUCGUGCAGCACCACCAGUCACUCGUCCGAAUACAGCGUCCUGUGGCACUGGAGAGGCUAAUUCGGAAUGUGCUACUAAAAAACCGACUUCUGGGCCAUCUAGUAAAAAAUCGACAGCACGUACGAAAUCUGUUAUUGAGAAAUCGAAAUUCACCAUUCCAACAGAAAACUUGUUAACAGAGGAUGAAAUAUCUCAGAAAGCUUCUGAGCUUCUUGGGGAAGCACUUAUCAAGCAAUUAUCUGAUACGAAUUGGAAAGAACGCUUGCAAGCGGCUGAACAAAUGAAAUCUAACAUACAUUCCUUUACCAGUUCUGACGUACCUACUCAAAUUUUGUGUCGUGCUGUUCUACUUAAGCCUGGAAUCAAGGAUACUAAUUUUCAGGUGCUGCGCGCUCGAAUUGAGUACAUCGAAGCAGUUUUGUCUUUAAGCGUCUCUAUCAGUUCAAAUUUGGCUGAGUUACUUUUAUCAGAUUUGAUUGAGAAGGUUGGUGAUACGAAAGUCGGUGACGUCACAAAAAUUGCGAUGACGAAAUUGGCUGAGAAAACAAGUCUCGAAUUAGUUGGUGGUUUUAUAAUGCGCACACUAUUUCAGAUUAAAAAUCCUCGCAGUCAGACCGAAGGUUUGGCUUGGUUGAAUCAAAGCAUUCAGGAAUUCGGAUUUUGUAUUCCACCACAAGAAGUUGGACCACUUCUAAAAACAGGCCUCAAUGCAACUAACCCUUCUGUUCGUCAAAAUUCACUAAAUCUUGCUGGGACAAUUCAUUUAUAUCUUCAUGAUCGUUUGCCUGCUCUCUUAGCGGAUGAGAAACCGGCUUUAAUUACGUUACUGAACGCGGAAUUUGCGAAAAACAAAGAUAAAAAAGCUCCUACUCCAACUCGUUUUUCUGCUGCCCAAACUCUUCUCAAAGAAUCAGUGUCUGCUGAACCCAGCGGAACUGAAGCAUUGUCUAGAGAUAUAGAAACUACCGGUCAAAUAGAGGAGAUGGACUCUGAUGUAUUACUUCCAAAAGUAGAUAUCAGUGACCGACUCACACCUGAACUCCUGGGACUUCUGAAAAGCAAGGUUUGGAAAGAACGUUUAGAAGCACUGACUACUAUUGAAAAAUUUAUAUCUCCUUCCCAUUUGAUUGAUGCUUCAAACGGAAAGCUUCAAGAACCUUUGACUAUAAUAGCUAAAGCAGCUAAUGAUGUGAAUAAAAACUUGGCCAAACAAGCUUUGAUAAUCCUGUCUUCCUUCGCUUCAUCAAUACCGAAAUCAGACGCUGUGAAUUACAUAAAGUAUGUUGAACCCCCUAUUUUACUCUGUCUUGGUGAUUCAAAAGUUCAAAUACGUGAGGCAGCUGUAACUGCACUUAGCUCUUGGCAAACUCGAGUUCCCAUUUUAUCAGUAUUUGAAAAUGACAUGUUAGCUGAUGCCUUAAAGAUGGAAAAUCCAUUUUUACGAGCCGAAUUACUACGUUGGCUUCAAAAUGUUCUCUCACCUAUGCCAUUAAACGCCCUGCGGAAAAACGCUUCAGAAAUAACAGAGAAUCUAAUACCUCAGGUAUUUGCUUCUCUUGAAGAUCGUAAUGUUGAAGCUCGUAAACAAGCCCAACUAGUUCUUCCUUCAUUAAUACAAGUUUUUGGCUGGGAACCUAUCUUAAAGUCUACCAAUCGUUUGAAGCCCACCUCAAAGGAUUCAAUUAUGCCUCAUUUGGAGAAAGCUCGUGAAAGUGUAGCUAAUUCACAUCCCUCAUCCAUGGAGAAAAAAACCUCUUCUCCAUCUAAAGCGGUACGUGUAGGUAAUGGAGCACCUCCACAACCUUCCUCAAAUGCCCCAGCUACUACUCCAGAAAAUAGCGAGGAAUCUGAAAAUGCUACGCAAUCUUCAGGCAAUACCUCAAAGUCUGUUUCCGAUACGAAGAAAAAGGCUGAUAAUAAAAAGUCUAUCAACACGUCUAAAAAGUCAGGUCCGGAACUGGCAACGACAUCCAUAAUUCUUCCGCCAAAUAAGUCAGCUAAGAGUUCUAGGUUAAAUGAUGAGAAAAAACGCAAGCUUUUAAAAUGGGAUUUCGAUGCUCCAACAAAAGACCACAUACAACAAUUAAGUACAUUAUUCACUGCAGCUGGAACCGCUCCUGAAUUUCAUGCACUUUUAUUUCAUACCGACUUUAAACAACACAUUAAGGCGAUUGAACAGCUUUCUCAAUUACUAGAUACUACUGAAGGCUGUGAGGCUACUGUAAUAAAUGUAGAUAUUAUCUUGAGAUGGAUUGUUCUACGAUUCUUUGAAACUAAUCCAGUUGUUUUAGGCAGAUGUAUGGAUUAUCUAACAAAAUUAUUCGUUUUUAUGUCAGAGUCUGGAGCAAAUCUUUCCGAACAUGAAGGUGGUUCAUUUCUUCCUUAUUUGGUAAUGAAAGUGGGUGAACCUAAAGAUAUAAUUCGACAGAAUAUUCGAGGAAUAUUGAAACUUGUGGUUAAUCUCUAUCCACCCAGUCGUCUGUUCACAUUUCUCACUAAUGGGACUAAGGCCAAAACAAGUAAAACAAGACAAGAGUGCUUGGAUGAGAUGGGUUCUCUGAUUGAUCGUUUUGGAUUAAAUGUUUGUCAGCCUUCUAUUCCCGUUGCAAUCAAAUUGAUCGCUCAACAAAUUGGUGAUCGUGAUAGCGGAGUUCGAUCAGCAGCUUUGAAUGCUUUACUUUCUGCGUAUGCUGUUAUUGGUGAACAGAUAUGGAAGGUUAUCGGUGAUAUACCAGAAAAAGAACGUUCAAUGCUGGAAGAACGUAUCAAACGAGCUGGGCAAAUACCGAUCAAUACUGUAGAUAAUUUUGAACCAAAGACACCGUCUGUAAGACCGAGCACUGCAAGACGCGAUCCGUCAGAUUCACGUAAUCCUCUAGAGCCUGUUCCUAACGAAUUUCGCCGUCAGCAACCGGUUUCUGCAGCUCAUGCUAGAGCGCGUGCUAUGUUGAAUGAACUAGGUGAUUUAUCACCUGAGAAAGCUCCAUGUAUGCCUCCACUUAUUCAGUUAGAUGCUGAUAUAAAUGAUCUUUUCCAACCAGUUGAAAUUCCAGCAUUGAAAGCACACGUGCGCCAACCUGUUCUCAAUGCACUGUUACGAACAAGUCCUGACACUGCUUCGGCGAUCACAAUGGUCGUAACGGCUAUAUCUUCCAAUGAUUUACUAAUCAGUUGUCAUGCUUUGGCCGAAAUCGACACUGUUCUUAGAGAUGAAAAGUGGUACCUUUUACUCAAUCAUGUCAAUCAAGUCCUGAUGCUUAUUACAAUGCAGUUACGCCAAGUUACUUCACGAUAUUUUGGAGAUCCUUCAGUUUCAGAGGAGCAAUUGCAUACAUUAAUUCGGUCUCAUUUGGCCACUAUCGAAUCUCUUUUUAGUCGUCCAACAUUAGGUCGCGAAGCUUCACGGGAAACUUUAAGAGAAUUAUCCCAAUCUCUCCUUCAAAUGAUGUUGGAUGAAAGGACUGCUGAAAUGUCCAGUGGAGAAAAUGUUAUCAGAUCGAUCAAUGCAUUAUUCGUUCUUAUUUUGGAGGCUUCCAAUGGAACACGCAUACUCAGUGCGCUCAUUCGGUUACUACAUGAAUGUAUCAGUAACGGACACUUUACAAAUCGAUUCACACAAGCUAUCCUCAAAAGUAUAUGGCGUAUUACUAAGGGGAUGAAUACUGCAUUUAAUAAUUACUCUGUGGAUGUCAUACUUCUGGACUGUCAUCAUUUUUUAAAGGCUUUCCCACCUUCCUCAUGGAGUGCACGGAAAUCAGAUGUUCCUUUACGAACAAUCAAAACCCUAUUGCAUGUAUUAUGUGGCCUCCAAGGUCCAUCAAUUUUACAGUUUCUAGAAAGUAUACCUAAUAAGGAAGAUUCAGAACUGGAGUCCUACCUCAUUCGCACACUAAAAACUACUUCAGGAGUUACAACUACCUCUGAUUCCAAAAAAAUACUGGCCUCUGAAAGUCAUUCAAAAGGAUUUGUACUUUCUACUGCAACUCGUGAGAAAUUAACCGAAAUAUUCAAGAAGGUCGGAUCUAAGAAACCUGAUGAGGGUUUAAAUGAACUAUACGAUUUCACUCAGCUCUAUCCAGAUGUAGAUUUAUCGUCAUACUUAACAAACACAAGCCAAUUUUUCCAAGCCUACAUAAAACAAGCCUUACGAAAUAUAGCUGUUGAACGCGCCCGUCAGGCUAGACUAAGUGUAAAUGAUAAAGAACCAAACACAUUAGCAGCUCAUCAAACUAAUGGCAUUUUAGCGCGUCCUAAUUGGAAUCCAGAUUUUGAUGCGGAUAUUUCUAAUGGCCAACUAACUGAUCCCAAAGUAUUUAUGAAUCGAUUGGCGAUGCUACGAAGAGAACUGGGUCUUGGUGGUGUAUCCACAACGAACAUUGAUGAUAAUAUUGGGCCAUCUGAUGAAGCUGGUUCACAAAAUACAGCCUUUGAAACAACUCUUCGAAAUAUGGUUCAACCAAAAGGUGAUUCUCCUGAUGAAAAUGUUCGACCUGAAACAGAACAAAGGCCUACUAUGUCCACCACUGAACUAAUGGAUUUGAAACGAAGACUAGAUCGAAUCAAAAGUGCCCAAAAGCAUUAA